GGACCCCUUGCCAAGUGCUUACAGUAGCUAGUCCCCACUGUCCCAGCUACUGAACUAAGCUCCCAGUUGUACAACUCCUGUACCUGUAAAGCAUACAUAAGUGAGUAACUGGUUACGUUCUGCACUUCUGCCAUGAGUUGGUUGAGUGAAUGUUAGUUGCUGCUUUUUGGGCCGUAGUAAGUAACUCAUCAACUUCCAUUGGAGUUUGUUGAGGGCUAUUUUAGGGUUCUGGGAUUUCCAAAUCUGCCACCAAUAUGUUCCAAUUAAACUCUUCAAAAAAAGGCAUGGGUAAAAGGCAGCUUCCCGGGGCCUAUCAUCUGGCUGUAUCAACAGCUUACAUUGCACUUACUUCCCUGAUUGCAUUCUGGUUGAGGAAGAUUGUCAACAGGUUCUUCCCGGAAAACACUUUAGCAAGGAUGCUUAUUCUAGAACUGAUAGCAGCUGGAGAGCUCUGCGCAUGCUGCUUCGAACUUGUCAUUGUGGCAGACAACUUUGGGAUUGGGAUGUAUGCAAUGUUUUUGUUUCUGCUAACCAUCUGGUGGUCACUGAACUGGGGUGAUGCUUCGGCCUGUCCUUAUACACAUCUAGAGGAGGUGGUUGAGGGGAAACUGAACGUGUUGAUCGCUGGAGCCAAGAUAUUUGCUGAGAUGGCUGGAGGACUUCUCAUCUUCAAGUACAUCCAGUUUCUUUGGCAGUUAGAGAUUUCUUCAACACAUAAAGGCAGAGCAUUCGAGAAGUGUUCAGCUGAUUUACAGGUACCAGCAGUUUUAGGAGCAGUUAUCGAAGGCAUUGCAACCUGUCUCUGCAGACUUGCCUCCAGAGCUAUUGGUGAAGUAGGGCCCAAGUAUGGAGUUGCAUAUGACUCGUUUGUUGGAACAUCACUUGUGGUUGCAGCUUUCAAUUACUCAGGUGGAUACUUCAACCCUGUGUUGGCCAGUGCCCUUAAGUUCGGCUGCAAAGGUCAUACAGCAUCCGAGCACGUCUUUGUUUACUGGAUUGGAGCUUGCAUUGGGGCAAUAUUAUCCGUUUUUCUCUACCAGAAUUCCAUGAUACAAGGAAUCAUCAAUAGAUUCAAGCCAAAAGUUGACUAAAAUCAAAAUUUAAAACACCAUGAUUCCAUUUUUUACAUUGUUCAACAGUUAAAACUGCCUUAGCUAAAAAAUUAGAUUUUGUGAAUUAAUGUUGUUUAGAGACUACGUCUUCUACAUAUUUCAAAGGAUUGUUAACUAUCUGUACAUCUGAUAAUGUACGGAUAUUUUUAUAUUUAAUAUCUAACCGAUUUUAUUUUGAGUUUAUUAAUAUCUAUUAAGUAAUAAAUAAAAUUUUGAAAUUUACAAUUUAAAUACUAAAUUUUGUGUAGUUUUUAAUAUGGAGCUUACUAAAUAUGUUGUAGAAGAAUAAAAAUAUAAAAUUUGAUUAUGUAAGGAAUAAAAACUUGGUAAGUUGAUGCCAUUUAUACAUAUAAUGGUUUAAGUUAUAAAAUUCUUCAUACUUUAAUUUUAAUUAUUAAAAUAUUGAUAAAACCCAGCUGUUAAAUAUGGAUGUGCCAAUUUUAGAAAAAUGUUCAAAUAUUAUAUGCCAUAUCCUUGGGUUGUUUUUGUUGACCUGUGCCUCCUGUACAUUAUGUUUACUUCUGUAAUGAACUAUUAUGUAAAUUCACAAACAUCAAUUUUAAUAUUUUAACUACAUUAUUUUAUAUCUUUGUUGUUUUUAUUUAAUUCUUGUUUCCUGUAUAUAAUUUGUGUAUUUAUAAAAAAAUGAGUUUACUAACUGGCUUAUAUUUUUUCCUUGUGUUAGCUACUAUUUCUGCACUAAUAGUCAAUAGAUGGCUUAUACAAGGUCAAAUUGAUGUGUAGAUCACCAAGAAGAUGAUCAUAGCUAUAAUAGUGCAUAUCAAUUAUAUUUUGAUUUGAUUAUGAAAGCUACAUACAAGUGAAGGAAUACUUAAGUAUAAUUUCCAUUAUCACUUAGAUACAUACAUGAUCAUUAUUACAUGAAUUAAAAUUAAUCAAUAUAUGAAUGAAGGUUUUCUUAAAAAAUUAAAAAAUAUAAUAUAACUGAAGAAAUAUUGAAUUAUGGCCAUUUUAAUACAUAUUGCACAUGAUUUAAAAAUGUUUCAUAUAUGUUACUUUAAAAUAUCUUUAAUAAUUUAUCAAACAAAAAUUAUAAUUGUGGGACUGUCUAAAACUGUUUUUGUAAAAUAUUCUGUGUGUAUGUGGGCACUGCUGGAGGCUUUGGAUAAUCUGUAUUGAUGAAAUUUGGCAUGUAAAUGUAAUUUGUAUUUCUAAAUUUUGUUUUGUAACUAUUGAUUAAUUAAGUAUUAACAAAAAAUCAAAACAACUUAAAAUGAUCAAAUCUGUUCUAAGAGUGUUGGCUAAAUCUUUACUACUUACAACCAACUAGACACUUAAUAAAAUGGCAUUCCCAGAAAAUACUGUUUACGAAAGUUACAGGAAUGAAUUUCAAUUCUGGGUAAAAUAUAAUUUAAACCAAAUAUAGCAAGAAUAAUAGCAUAAUCUCAGUGAUGUAUUUGUAGGUUAACUUUUUAUUCUUCCAAUCUGAAAACAAUUGUUUUAAUGUUGUCAAAUGUAUUAACUUUUUUUAAAUAAAGUUGUUGGAAACGUG